AUGAGUGCCGGUGGUAGCGACCUUGACAAGGCGAUCCAGCAGCUCCGCGCAUGUCGUCCGAUUCCCGAGAAUCAAGUCCGAGAGCUAUGUUACAAGGCACGCGAGCUGUUGAUCGAGGAGGGCAACGUGGUUGGGGUGGAUGCGCCAGUGACAAUCUGCGGUGAUAUCCAUGGUCAAUUCCAUGACCUCAUGGAGCUCUUCCGAGUUGGUGGAGAUGUACCAGAUACAAAUUACCUCUUCAUGGGCGACUUCGUUGACCGUGGUUUCUACUCGCUCGAGUCUUUCCUCCUACUCCUAUGCCUCAAAGUCCGAUACCCAGACCGGAUAACCCUCAUCAGAGGCAACCACGAGUCUCGGCAGAUUACAACUGUAUACGGUUUCUACGAUGAGUGCUUGAGGAAGUACGGCAGCGCGAACGUAUGGAGGUAUUGCUGCGAAGUAUUCGAUUACCUAGCCCUCGGUGCUCUUGUCCAAGGCGCUGCGACUUCUCUCCAAGCCACCGAUGGCCCCAUAGCCGAGUCUAGCAACGCUGAAAACAUGCCCGACAUCGAUCAAGACAUUGAGAUCGAAACGCUCAACGCUAACGGCGAGGUUAUGUACCGCUACGCACGUAACUCAGACUCUCAAUCAAGCGCCGCAUCACAAGUAAGCGCAAACAUGGGCUCUUCAUCCCCUGUCGCUCCAACACCUGGACGUGUUGGCCCUGCAGGAACUGGCGCAACUUCCUCCGCCAAUGGUUCUGCUCGGAACGAUACAGGAGCCAUUCUAUGCGUACACGGAGGUCUAUCACCCCUCGUUGACUCAGUGGACAAGAUUCGACUAUUGGACCGGAAGCAGGAGGUGCCGCAUGAAGGAGCCAUGUGCGACCUCCUAUGGUCUGAUCCCGACGAGAUUGACGGUUGGGGCUUGUCACCGCGUGGUGCAGGAUUUCUAUUCGGGGCCGACAUCGUCAAGACUUUCAACCAUAAAAAUGACCUCAGUCUCAUUGCUAGAGCUCAUCAAUUGGUUAUGGAAGGAUUUAAGGAGAUGUUCGACUCAACAAUUGUUACUGUAUGGUCAGCGCCAAACUACUGUUACCGUUGCGGUAACGUAGCUGCCAUUUUGGAGCUCGGCGAAGACGGAUCAAAUGCCGGUUUCCAACGGAGGUCAAACGGAGACAGAGCGGGUGGUGGCGGAGGCUGGGUGUUAGGUUCAAACGCUGGACCCAACGGCGAGAGGAGAUUGAGUUCUGUACUCAACGACAAUUUUCAGAAGAAUAGAGACGGGCCGGGACGGCGAUACCGGGUAUUCGAAGCCGCUCCACAAGACUCACGAGGCAUGCCAGCAAAGAAGCCAGUAGCGGACUAUUUCCUUUAA